UUUGUUUUCCUUUGCCAGCUCGCGUAAGUGGAUCGUUGCGUUGUGGUGGCAAGUUUUUUGUGCGUCGUCGAGAAAAGUCUCAAAGAAAGUGUUUUAUUUCGCACUUUGCAAAUCAUCAUUAGAAGAUUAGAAGAUAUAAAACCAUUGUUGUUCAAACUCGUGGGUCAAAAUUUUUCCCGAAAGGCAUUUUGUUUCGCGGUCGCGACGACGUCCGAAAAGUGUCCGUAAAUGUGGCGCAGCAGCAGUGAAAAUGUCCGAAAUACUGCAGCAAGACAUCCAGCAGCUGCUGGAAUUUUUCUCCAAGAACAUGUAUCGUGCGAAGGACUGCGAUGCCGAAGAAAUCAUGAAUCGAUGCGGAAUGUUGUUACGAAUGGACUAUAGCGUGGUCGAUAUUCACAAUACUAACGGAGAACUAUCGGCACAUUAUCCGGUCAAACUACUGAUCCCCGAGCAGGAGGUGAAACGGGUCUAUCCCUUUGGGCCAAAUGUUCCCGGUGCGUAUGGCGAAUACAACACAGACAACAGCCGCAACCCGAGUGUCGCAAGUACUGGCGGUAGCUCGAAUUCCAGAGCUUCGCCUCCAAACCGUGACCAGGUCAUUAUCGAUGGAAAGUUGGAUGGCCAACGGUUACGAUAUAUGAUAGUUAAGGCGAGAUUCGCACGGUGCCGAUCCCGUUUUCCAUUGCCAGUAAUUCUGUACAAUGGGAAAUAUGUUUGUCGUUCAGCGACUUUGUCCGGCGGACCAGAGCUUUACGGUCGCUCGGGAUAUGAAUACUUUGCUUAUGCAGCGGAAGCCACCCCACCGGAACCAGAAGACGAAGCGUAUGAAGCGCAAGAGGAAUCCUCAUCAGACGAAUCAGAGUCCAAAGAUUGGCCCUUAUUCGGGCGACUACGCAGGAAAGACAUUCGGUUAUUGAAGGCUCUUAACGUAGGAACUAUAAUCGAUUUUAUGGUGGAAAACAAAAAAGUGAAGUUCUGGGUAAAUGUUACCUCAUCGGAGAAAGUGGACAAAGAGAAUCGGUAUAACUUUUUCAAAAUACUUGCAUUGCCUUAUCCUGGUUGCGAGUUCUUCCGGGAGUAUCGCGACAACGACUAUCACGGUGAGGGGCUGAUAUUCGACUGGAACCAAUCGUACGUGGAUGCGGGAAUACGGGUUCCGGAGGACUCCGUCACUACUCAGUUAAAUAUCGACUGGUCCAACUACAAACAGUGGGACCUGGUGAAGAUAACUCAAAACUACCUCCGCUUGUGUCUCAAGUAUCUGCAGGAGAACAGCACGGGGAUUCUGGUUCACUGUAUUAGCGGCUGGGAUCGCACACCGCUGUUCGUUUCGCUGCUUAGAAUUUCGCUCUGGGCGGAUGGUGAAAUUCAUCAGUCGUUGGAUGCGGCACAGAUGCUCUACUUUACGAUCGCUUACGAUUGGUUUCUGUUCGGUCACAAUCUGCCCGAUCGGUUGAGCAAGGGCGAGGUCAUAUUCUACUUCUGUUUCUACAUACUCAAAUAUAUCACCGACGAAGAAUACAGUGUCUUAACUCACAGAUACCGAAGCCAGCACAGCAGCGGCAGCAGUAGCAUAGACGUGAUUCGGACAGACAGCGACAGCAUCCUCGAUGGAUUGUUGCUGGAUGGGGAAAGUCGGGGUUCCAGUCUCUCAUUGAACUCGGUUUCCAGUUUUACAAGUGGGAGAAGCUCUUCAAUGCAUGAUACACAAACAUGCAUUGGAUUGACCAGCGAUGGGGCAAGCAAUAGUAUAGCAAUAGCAAACCGUAUGGGCUUAGGGAAGAACGGAGGUGCACAGGGUUGUAAUGGAGAUGAUAGUGUUAACUCAUUCAACGGCAAUAACGGAUUCACAGCGCAUAGUCAUGAUAGUAGUAGCAGUAUUGGAUGUAUAUCUCAAGAUAGCUCUAACCACAACAACCAAUGGUCACCACCGCCACCAAGAAGAACUAGUCCCGUAACAGUGCCAAGUGAGAACAGGCUGAGACAACGUCAGGAGUCUUCGUCAUCGCUUUCGGUGGGUAGCUGGCAGAUGAUCACCGGUACCGGAAGCCUCCGCAGUGCCGAAUCGGUGAACGAAAUGCAUACCCAUGUACAACGGAAUCCCGGACACAACUGCCCCAAUCAUCCACAUCAUCAGCAUCACUAUCACCAUCCCCAUCAGCAUCCGCAGCACUAUCAGAGUUCUAACAAUGGCCAAUCCGGUAGCAGUCAUUCGUCGCUGUUCCAUCUAUCAGGUGGCGGCAACAUCCCUGGACCAUCAUCAAGCAACGCUUCGACACCAAAUGCCAACCAACAUCACCCCAGUCAGGUAACCAGCUGCUGUUCAACCAUCAACGGAGAGUACUACCCUAAUCAGCUGGACCUGUACGCCAUUCGACGGGAACGCCUCACACAGCUUCGAACGCUGUUCUACAACUGUUACUACUCAACGAUUGCAUUCAAGUUCAACUCCGGUCCGGACUCAGCCCUUGGGAGUUUGCUGGGGAACUUUGCCGAAAAAGUCGGACUGGCGAGUCGACCUUCCGUCUAGAGAGAAAUGCAUUUUCAAAGGCCUAUUUGGCAAGUCGAAUCGAGAAAAUUGCCACCUGUUGUAGAUCUACUCGACCAAGUAUGGGAGCCGAGCGAAACAAUCGACUCUUGAAACAUGCAAGCCCACGCCAACUACAGACAAUGUAACUGGCGAGUCGUUUUGGUCGUCUCGGCCUGCGUAAUAGACCUUGCAUAAUUUUAAUGAAUUUCGACCGCGAGCGAGCACGUGUCUUCCUUUACAACAGCAUUACCUAGUGAAAAUAAUGAACAAAGUCUGCCUUAGCUUCCUCAGUGUAAUUCGUUUAAAUUUAGCUAUAUGAAACCGUGCGCGAUAUUGGGGAGUGUGACCGGUCCCCGUAAGGUAAAUAAUGAUGUUAAAUCAUUUUUAGAAAAAGUUGUCGACACUGAUACUAAAAACGAUAUGAUAAUACGAAACCGAUAAAACACACCGAAGUGAUGUUCAUUUCUCAGAUAUUGAAUGAAACUGUAAUACUAUACCUAUCUAUGAAUAUAGCGACGAUUAUUGGACGGAUUCUAGACCGAUCUAGAGUUAUAUUAUUUUAUGUGGAAAUUUGAUAUGGAGUACCCCAUUUGAUAUUACAGAUAUCCAUUUGGUAUAACAGUCGCCGGACACGGUUAUUCCAACAAUGUAGAGGCAAAAUCAUACGUCAUACCGUAUAAAUAUGACUUCAAUAUAACCAUAACAUAUUCUGACCGUC